UGCUCAAAGCGUUUGUAAACAACCAUUGAUUCCUCAUCGGAACCACGAAUUUAGCUCCCUGCUUUUGUUGUUCCCUGUUACUGAAACUUUAUUUUGCGGCAGCCUGCUUAAGGUAGAUGAAGCUGGCUGUUUGCCAGCAUGGGCUGUUGAUCCUGGGCAGCUUUAUAACAAACAAGAAAUACCUAGACAGACAUUAGAAUCAACAUGAGUUACAACCGGGGCCGAGGAUUUGGGUUUGGUGGUUUUUCAAUAGCUAAGAAGCAGGAUAUUACGCCUCCACCUCCCAAUGCCACACUCAGCAAACAUGGUUAUCACACCAUGACUGCCAUCAGCCAGAAUGCAAUAUCAGGAGGUUGUGGAUACGGUCAACCACGUAAGCGACCGAGAGAUGAGGAUGAUCUCGAGUCAGCUGGGCGUGAUGUCACCGCGGUUACGUAUUUUGAUGAUGAAGAUGAAAGUUUAGAUGGUGCUUAUCAACCAGCACCCGGCAGUCCAGGUCCACAGAAAAACGAUGCUGAUGACUCAGAUGAAGACCCACUUGAUGCAUUUAUGGCUGGCAUUGAGCAAGAGGUAAAAAGAACCAAAACUAAAGGUGCUGAGGAGAAAAAGGAAAUAAAAGGAGUUCGAGAUGACAUCGAUGGGGAGGACGACGAAGAAUCAUAUUACAGAUAUAUUCAAGAAAAUCCAAAUGCUGGAAGGCAACAAGAAGAGAGCGAUGAUGAGAUUGAAUAUGACGAAGAUGGCAAUCCCAUAGCACCAAAGAAACCCAAAUAUAUUGACCCUCUUCCUCCAAUUGAUCAUUCAAAUAUUACUUACUCUGAAUUUACGAAAAACUUUUAUCAGGAACAUGAAGACAUAGCUGCUCUUUCACCUAUUCAGGCACAAGAUUUAAGAAUAAAACUGGGAAUAAAGGUAACUGGUUUUGAUGCACCAAAGCCUGUCACAAGUUUUGGUCAUUUUGGUUUUGAUGAGGCCCUCAUGAAGGCCAUUCGUAAAUCUGAGUACACACAACCCACACCAAUUCAGUCACAGGCUGUGCCCAUUGCUCUGAGUGGACGAGAUGCCAUUGGCAUUGCUAAAACUGGCAGCGGUAAAACUGCAGCUUUUAUAUGGCCAAUGUUGGUUCAUAUAAUGGAUCAAAGGGAAUUGGCACCAGAUGAAGGGCCUAUUGGACUUAUCCUGGCUCCUACUCGUGAGUUGGCACAGCAGAUUUACACUGAAGCACGGAGAUUUGGAAAAGUAUACAACAUUCAGGUUGUAUGUGCGUAUGGUGGUGGUAGUAAGUGGGAACAAAGUAAGGCUUUAGAAGCUGGAGCAGAAAUUGUAGUAGCAACACCAGGCCGCAUGAUUGACAUGAUCAAGAUGAAGGCCACCAAUCUUCAGCGAGUAACCUUUCUGGUUCUUGAUGAAGCAGAUCGCAUGUUUGACAUGGGUUUCGAACCACAGGUGAGAUCUAUAUGUGACCAUGUUCGACCAGAUCGCCAGACAUUGCUCUUUUCAGCCACAUUCAAGAGAAAAGUGGAAAAACUGGCAAGAGACGUUUUAAUUGAUCCCGUUCGUGUUGUUCAAGGAGAACUUGGGGAAGCAAACCAAGAUGUCACACAGAUUGUGAAGGUCAUGGGAGUAGGAGGUCACAAGUGGACCUGGCUUCUGCAGCACCUUGUAGAGUUUAUGUCAUCUGGGUCAGUUCUCAUUUUUGUUACAAAGAAAGCCAAUGCCGAGGAACUUGGUAAGAACUUGAAUGUAAAGGAAUACGAAGCCCUUCUUCUACAUGGUGACAUGAGCCAGUUCGAGAGAAAUGAAGUGAUCACAGCUUUUAAAAAGAAAGACAAGCCCAUUUUGGUUGCCACUGAUGUUGCUGCUCGUGGUUUGGACAUCCCACACAUAAGAACAGUCAUUAAUUUUGACGUCGCUAGGGAUAUUGAUACUCACACUCACAGAAUUGGUCGAACAGGUCGUGCCGGAGAAAAGGGUACUGCUUUCACCCUUGUCACUGAAAAGGAUAAAGAAUUUGCUGGGCACCUUGUACGAAACUUGGAAGGUGCUGCACAAGAAGUUCCUUCAGAAUUGUUAGAGUUGGCCAUGCAGAGCUCAUGGUUUCGCAAAUCUCGUUUCAAGCAAGGCAAAGCCAAAGCUUUGGGUGGAAGAGGACUGGGCUUCAGAGAACGUCCCGGACUUGGUUCUCUGCCUACUACAGAAGGCUCAGAGAUCAACAAUAGCAAUAGCAGAAAUAUUAAUGUUGGUCCAGCUGGUCAGGCGUACGGAGGAGGUGACCCAAGCACAACAGGACCAGCAACAAAUCGUCUUGCUGCCAUGAAGGCAGCUUUCCAAUCUCAGUACAGGAAUCAGUUCACAGCAGCCAGCCCUGAUACAUCUUGGACGACAGGCAUGGACACCAAGUCACAGCAGAUGCAGCAAGUUCCACCCUCUGGCAAGGAGCGGAGGAGAAAAUCCAGAUGGGACGAUUAGGUUUUUGCCGUUGUACAGACUUUGUGUAGAUAUUAGACAUCAGACUUUCUCUCCAAGUUUCAUAGUGUAUAAUUUAGUGAUAGGUACGAAAAUAUAAGCUUUCUAUUAGCCCUACCUAGAUUUUUCACCAUUUUCAUUGUCAUCGUCUGAACAAGUGACACGUCAAGAGUGAGUUUUUCUGUGACGUACAGUACAACAAAAUACCAUAGAACCUUAACCAUUAAGGUUAGUGCUUAUAUUGUAUUCCUCUCAAUUCAUAAAUGCUCAUUAUUCAGUUAUUUGCAGAGUAAUGACUUCACCCCAUUAGUGCAUUCUAAAUUACUUUAUAGAAUAAUGCUGACAUCCUAUUUCUUUCACCUGAUUGUAGUUACUACUGUGAAACUGACUUGAAAACCUAGGAAAAAGUAAUAUACUGUGGAAUUUUUCAUCGUCAUUUUAUUUUAGGUCAGAUUUUAUGGCCUUUCCAUUUCAUUGUGGUCAUUAUUGAUAUUUCCUCAACUUGCUUCUCUGCAUAACCUCAUAAUUCUUAUCCUCUUUCGAACUUAUAGUAUCUUUGUUUUUUAUUAUCCUGGUUUGCCCUUUAUUAUUAGUAUCUUUGUUUUUUUAAUCCUGAUUUGCCCUUGAUAGUAAGAAUUAUUAUAAGAAAGUUGAGUUCUGUCUUGGGUUAGUAUUUUAUAUGAAAAAGGAAUCAUCUAUAAAGGUCUUUACAUGUUGGUUAUGAUGCAAGUAACAAGUGCAGGGUGAGUUAAAAUCUUGGCAAUUUCUUACUUUGCCAAACAUUUUUAUCAUACUUAUUUGAUUUUUAUUUUGAUAUAUCUGUAUUUUCAGAAUUAAUAUUUGGACCUGACUAUUCAUAUUGAAAUGUCCAUUCAUAUGCUUUUGUAAAGAAGGUUCAACAGUAUUUUGUGAUUAGGAGGAUGCUCAUCAUGAAUAGCUGAAGUCCAAAAAGAGAUGAGUGAGUUUUCUAUCCUGUAUGUAUUUUUGGAAGUAUUUUGACGGAUUGACGUUCAGUUUGGACUUUCAAGGGUGAUCCACUAACUUGUACUGUAACUAAAUCUAGUAACAAAUUAUGCUUUGAUAUUUGAAGUAGAGAAAAGAUAUGCACUGGAAUUUAAUGUUGAGGACAAGGCUGCAUAAUCUUGGAGGUUCUAUGUAUUGCGAGAAUAUGUAUCAGCCUGAACAUUUAGCAUUGCUGAAGAACAUUACUUUUCAAAAGUAAGGUUACUUGAAUGUUUGAGCAUGAAUCCCAAUUCUGCUUUAGCAAAUUGGGAUGUGGUUCUGUAGGACUUGCUAUUGGCCUCUUCCAAUUUAGGGUCUUACAUUUUUCUCUUACAUAUUUUGUCUGUAUAGAUAUCUGGUGAGAUUGAGUUCAUGUUUUUCAUAUUGAAAAACUAAAUUUUAAACUUAUAUAACACUUCCAUUUAAAGUUAAAUACAAGUGUAAACUUUGAGAUAUUUUAUUGGCCAUAGAAUUAAAUGAAGUAUUUCAUAUUUUUGUAUUUUAAAUAUUAAGAGAUUUUCCCUUAUAUAACAAGUAAAUAUCUCAGAUUGUUUUCUAUCACUUCUGAUACUCAGAAUCAUCACUAGGUUUAAAGGUGAGUUCCAGUACCUUUAUUCUUCCAUUUUGCUAUGUUUUAUCAAGCAGUUUUGAUGUCCUUCACAGGGAAUUAAAGUUGUGUAGGACAUGCUGUUUCUUACAAAUUGUGAGCAAGAACAUUACAUGAAAGCAUUUCAUGUAAAUUUAUUAAAAUUAGUGCAAGAUGAAGUUGCUAAACAGACUUUUACAGACCUCAUACUGUUUUCCUAAUUAAUUUAAUUCAUUCAUUUCAUGCACCUUUUUUGUUCUUAGUUCAUAGUCCGACUUCAGUUUUUAGGCUUGAAUUUUCUCCUAUUAUUUUGGAGCGAAUCUUUCUUGCGAGCAUACAAGGGUCAAUAAAUUUGACAAUGGUCAGAUUUUUCUAUUAUGGUAGUGCUGAAUGCCAAUACUAUAUUACUUAGACAUUUUAUUGCAUAUCUUUUUCAAGGCUAUUGAAAUUUCAUAAUUUAUAUAUCACCCAUUAUUAUUUUACUGAUGUUAACCCCAUUUACCAUGAUAUAGAUAGUUACUUAUUACAGUUAUGUAGUAAGGUACCCCACUUAAUGACUGAUCAAGUUACAGCAUCUUUUUUAUGACCUGUCAAAUGUUAUAUUAUGCCAUUAAUGUUAUAGCCAGAUCAGCUGAGGCUAAAGUUUGCUGCAUCUCUUUCUCCCCUAUCACUAGGGGUCAUCCAUGCAUGAUGCUGCAUGUAUAUGUAGGCAUUAAACAAGUCAGUGAGUGGUUCUCGAGUGUGUUGCCCUCACUCUUUUGUAUCAUGUCAGUAACCAAAAGAUGGUUUGUGACAUCAGAGCUUUCUUACAGUUGCCUGAAAAGAACAGGAGCCAAGUAACAUCAGAAAGUGGUAUACAUUUUACAGACACCAUCAAGGUAUCAUUACUAAUAGGGUUUAGUUUUUCCAGACCUCUGAGUCUCAAGUAGACUCUUCUCGGCUAAAGCUAUUGCUACUGUCGUAUUGUAUUUUUAAUUAUAUAUUGGGGGAAUCCAUCAUACUAAGUUUUCAUGGUGAUAAAUAACAUUAAAAUGAUCCUGUGCUCAGGUCUAUAUGCUUUCUUGAUUCCUCACCUGCUUCAGUUACUCUUUUGUGCACUGUACUUUAUUGAUGUACUAUGUACUUUAAUCAGUGUAUUAUAUUCAUGCUUAGAUUUUUGCCCAUAUUACAGUAAUUUGCAUUAGACUUUUGUUUGAUGUGUCUAACACAAUCCUGUCUAGGCUCUAUUAUUUUAUUUUAUUAGUCUAAGUAUUUCGUUUAUUUAAUUGAUUUCCCUAUUGAUAGAUAACCAUUUAAAGAGGUUUAGAGUUUUUAGAGAAAGUUUUCCAUUUCAGAAAUUUAUAAGUUAGAAUUACAAAACAAUAAAAGUUUGGUAGUCAAAUAGUUAUGUUGCUGGACAUACUGAAAGGAAGGUUUUUGAGAAGAAAAAGAGUUUUAUGGGGAGCCUAAAAAAUGUUGAUCAUUAGAAAAGGAAGACUAAAUUACUAUCAUUAUUUCUGCUUCAGUUCUUGUAAUCGUAUCUCAUAAGGGCUUGCUUUUCUCUCCCGACCUCAUUACAUGACUGAGGACUACCGUGUUAAAAGUUAUUGUUAGUCAAAUGUGUAAAUUCUGUACACAGUAGUUGUUAGUAGGUAGUGUGAGAUAGAUUUGCUUUCUGUAAAACUGUACCCGUCUCAUUUAUUGACAUGUAUAUUCUGUAGGUGUUUGUACAUAGGAAACAAGCUGUAGGUGUACAUAUGGCUAUCUCGUCAGUGUUCAACGAGAAAAAUAACCUUGUGUCAAGGAGAUGAUUGAAUGCUAACUGGUUAGUUUGCUGAAUAGUUUACCUGGAGGAUAAUAGACUGCUCCUUUUUAGGUUCAGUGAGAAUAAUCUCGGUGGUUGUGGUCAUGUGCCUACUUCUAGCAAUGUUUGACAGCCAAAUUAAAGAGGAUAAUAAAGUGUGAAGUUAAUGAGAAGAGACUAAAAAUCAGGAUUCCUAGCUAAGAAUUUCUUAUUUUGACCAAUCAAUGGGUGUUGGAGGGCAGUGGUAAAGCAUUUAUAAGAUACAAGUCUUAGUAAAAGAUGAGGUUAAUGCUGAGGUCAGUAGGUUUCCAUAAUGAUUAAGGACGGGUAGACAUUAGUCCAGAUUAAGCACUGGAACAGAGCCAAGUCAUAAAGUAAUAAAAAAAAAUUCUUUCCCUAUGAUGGCUCAGACACCACAUGUGCUCGCUGUUUUGGCUACUUAUGCCAGCCAACUAACCAGUUACCUUUCAGUUACUGUUCAUUGUUUCAUGCUUCAUUCCCUUUUAUUUUUGGCAAGAAGACCAUACCUGAAACCUGUGUUGAUUGCUGUGAAAUAUUAAAAGUAUCAACCUGAGGCAAUUGAGAGACUUGAAGCUGGAGUUGAUUACUUAGAUGUAUUUAUACAUAGCAAAAUAACCAUCUGUCGAAGGUUGGUUGCUCAAAUAAAUAUUAUAUAUGUUUAUAUAUCUUAGAAACCCAAAGUUUGUUGCCAUAGCAUUUGUAAAGUUAAUCUGCAUAUUGUUAUAUCAUUCCCUUUUCAUCAAGUUAGAGAAGCAAAAUGUCAGUGGACUUGCCAGAAAUCUGUAAAUAACAAUAAGUUUUCUGCUCAAUAAAAUGGAAUAACAGUGUAAAAGUAUUUUUAUGGUUUUCCAUUGUAAUUUACAUUUAGCAUUAUCAUGAGCAACUGUUAAUUGCAUCGAUUAUUGGGACUCAUGAAUUAUGAUUUCAACCAGUUGCAAAAUGCUUUGGAAAGCAUCUUUUUCAAGAAAAUUCUUGUAUAUAUUUAUUUAUCAAUUGAGUUUUGGAAAGUAAUAUAUCUAAGGCAUA